GACCCAAAGGUACUAUCCAGAUCCAGCCCGUCUCCCCCUUAUUAAACCACACCCACAAAUCCAAAAACACACACACAAACAAUCAAUCAAACACAAACCCCCAAAUCAUUCCCCCAAAUUAGGGUUAGGGUUUCCCCACCACCAUGUACAACGGCAUCGGACUCCAAACCGCCCGGGGCUCCGGCACCAACGGCUACAUCCAGACCAACAAGUUCUUCGUCCGGCCCAAGUCCAACAAGCUCUCCACCGAGCCCAAAGGCUUUCACGACAACCAAGGCACCGCCGGCGUCUCCAAAGGCCCCAAUAAGGACAUUCUCGAGCACGAUCGCAAACGCCAGAUCCAACUCAAGCUCGUUGUCUUGGAGGACAAGCUGCUUGAUCAGGGCUACACGGAUGAGGAGAUUGCUCCAAAGCUCGAGGAGGCGAGGCGAGUGCUCGAAGCCGCUGAUAAGGCGGAACGGGAGGCUGGCGUGUCGGCUGUUGUUGUUCAUGAUAAGAGGGUGUCAGAUACACAGACUCACCAAAUUGCUGCCCGAAAGGAGAAGCAGAUGGAAACUUUAAGGGCUGCUUUGAAGAUAACAUCUCCGAGCAAGAAUCAGAACAAGUCGAUUAAUCACUCUGAUGAUGAAGAGAUUAAUGAUGAUGAGAAGCUGGAAAAUUUUCCUAAAAGUGGAAAUAAUGCUUCUGUUCAUUUCCUUGCAAGAGAUACUUUAGAUAAAAAGGACGACUCAGAGAAAGGUCUUGAAGAGGAGGAUAUAGUUCCGAGUGAGAGGAUUUUAAGUUCAAAACUCCGAAAGGAAAACAGUUCAUCUGAUACAGACGAUAGUAAUAGUAGCCGGGAGAAUGUGAAGAGGAGUAAAAAGAAAUAUGAGAAAACCCGGGUUCGUCGUCAUCGUGGCGGAAGUUCUUCUGACUCUGAUUCUGACUCCGGAAGUGAUGGUGUACAUGCAAAACGUAAUCGGAAGAAGCAUCACAAUUCUAGGCAGAAGAAGCGCCACAAUACUAGGCAAGCAAGUGAUUCUGAUGAUGAAUCUGACCCAGAUGUUCACAAUACUAGGCAGAAGAAGCAUCACAUUACUAGGCAGGAAAGUGAUUCAGAUGAUGAAUCUGACCCAGGUGUUCAAAAUGCAAGUCGAAAGUCAUCACAGAAGUACAAGAAGAGUAGAAGGCAUGAUAGUGAAGGUUCUGACUAUGAUGAUGAGAUUGAUGACAAGUCUAGAUGGAGAGGUGGUUUAGAUAGUGAGAGUUAUCGUCGUGAUGAAACACCCGAACGCGUGCAUCACAAGGCGAAAUUGGUUUCCAGGAGGGAAGAGAGUGAAUCUUCUGAAUCUGAUAGCAGGGAGGACACUAAAAAGAAGCAACUGGAGUCGAGGAAUGCAGGUUAUAAGGAUUAUAAAGGGAAAGAAGUGGAGUCGAGGAAUGCAGGUUAUCAGGAGAAAAAAGGGAAAGAAGUGGCGUCGAGGAAUGCAGGUUAUCAGGAGAAAAAAGGGAAAGAGGUGGAGUCGAGGAAUGCAGGUUAUAAACAGGGAGAAAGUGAUGCUAUUUCUGGUGGGGAUAGAAGAAAAAUGAAGGAUGAUAAUGAUUACAAGGAAAGAAAGCACAAUACAGUUGAAGUUGAUGAGAGGGAAAGAAAAAGAAAGUACAAUAUAGAUGAAGAUGAUGAGAGAGAGAAAAAGCACAGGAGAGGUGAAGAUGAUAAAUUAAGGAAAGAAAUUAAGGAUGAAGAAGAUAGACAUGGAAAGAAACACAAAAGAGAUGAGGAAGAAGAGGAGAGGUAUGACGCUGGCAAGGGGGAUUAUCGGGGGAGGCAUGAAAGAGAGCAGGAGGAAAGACAUGAUACUAGAAGUCUCCAGGAGGAGAGGCCACCAAGUCAUCAAUCCAAGAGAGCUAGACAUGAUGACUCUCGAUCUAUUGAGAGGUCACAUGACAACAAGAAACGGGAUGAUAGGCAUGGUGAUGAUAGGCGUGAAGAUAGAGGCCGUGGUGGUGACAGACGUGACGAUAGAGGCCGUGGUGGUGAUGGGCGUGACGAUAGAGGCCGGGGUGGUGAUGGGCGUGAAGAUAGAGGCCGUGGUGGUGACAGGAGGUUUAGGCGCUGAUACUCUGACGGCUAGCUUCAGGCGUUAUGCCUUUCCCGCGUUGUGAACACAAGUGACUGUGGCUUGUUUGUGUCUAAGAAAUAUCUGGUUUUGAAUUUGUAAAAUAAAUUUACAACUGCUAUAUGUAUCUGGAUCUCUCUGCGCACCUGUUUUUGUUUCUUUCAUGUUAGAAUCUUAUUUCGGGAAUAAUUUGUUGAA